AUGGAAUUAUCACAUGGUUCUGAUGAGGUAAAAGUUGCUGCCAACACCUUGAACAAUAAACAACGAGAGUUAGAGGGCAAGCAUCGAGAAUUACAUGCCCUUCUUUCCAAAAGCGUUUCUGCUGAAAGCGCUGAAUGCAUGGCGGAAGCAGCAGCUAGAUCGUCUCCUAGGGCUUCCUCCGUUCUUUUCGAGCAUUCCCCAUAA